AUGGCUCUCGUCAAUCUCACCACGAGCGCUUUUAGCCUCCUCAAUCAAACAGAGACCAUGGGGACUGAUGCUCCCGGAAUUCAGUACCAGUUCUCGGUACCAGCUUCAACGAUGACAGCUUUUGCGGGUAUUGCAGUCAUAUGGUGGUACCUGAUCACGGUGAAUCGAAAGAAGUACCCCAACAUCUAUGGGAACUAUGACUUCGACGCCCCAAUCAUUGGGUACAAACAUAUGAUUCUUGGACGGCUACAGUUCUUCUUCAACGGCCCAGCUAUGAUCAAGGAAGGGUAUGAGAAAUACAAAGACACUUUUUUCAAAGUGUCCAGCAAUGACCUCCUCAUUGUUCCUAAUAAGUAUCUCGCCGAACUGGCAAGCAUGCCACCCGAGAAGCUGAGUCUCAACACGGCCAUUGUGGAUGCGUUCCAACGUCUCCACUCAAUCACUGCUGUGAUAACCGACCACAGCUUGCAAUCGCGCAUGCUCAUGACUCGAUUGACACCCAAGCUCGGCGUACAUGUGCCUCUCGUUCAGGACCAGUUCCGCAAGUACUUGCCUUCCGAACUACCGGCCACCGAGAAGGACUGGACUAGUAUCAACGCUUUGCACCUAGCACGACGUAUGGUCCACCGCGGAGUGGCUACACAGUUCGUAAUCGAGCUUGCCGAAGACGAGGAGUACUUAUCUACUGCUAUCGCGUACUCCGAGUACGGCUUCAGACACAACUUCAUGCUUCGGGUGUUCCCCGACUGGGCCAAGCCCGUUGUUGCACGUUUCCUCCCUACGAGCUGGGGCGUGGAUCGGGCUCUUAGUAACGCCAAGCGCAUGGUCAUUCCCAUUAUUCACGAGCGCCGGCUCCGGGAACGUGAGGAUCCCACGUAUGAGAAGCCCGAGGACUUCCUUCAAAACUUGCUAGACGGAGGUAAGGAAAUCGAAGACGACGACGAGACGACAGUGCAGCGUUUGAUGGUUACCUAUCUGGGAUCCGGCCCGUCAACUAUCAUUGCCGUGGCACAGGUUUUGUUUGAUCUCUGCGCUCAUCCGGAAUAUGUGGAGCCGUUGAGGCAGGAGGCGUUGGAGGUCCUUGCCCAGGAAGGAGGGUAUACGAAAAAGGCUUUGGCCGAUAUGAAGCAAAUGGAUAGUUUUAUGCGAGAGUCGCAGAGGUUGAGCCCUCCUACCUUACUCGGAUUCAACGCUAUAGUCCGCCAACCGGUGACACUACAUGAUGGAGUCAUCCUCCCCGAGGGCGCCCAUAUUCAGAUGGCGACCUACGCUAUCGGCAUUGACCCCGAACGAGUCCCAGAUGCAGACAAAUUCGAUGGUCUGCGUCAAUUCAAUAACAGAAAACGACCAGGCGAGAGUAACUGGCAUCAAUUCACAACCACCAGCGAGAACAACCUACACUUCGGCCACGGCAAAAUCGUGUGUCCGGGGCGAUUCUUUGCCGAUCAUUCCAUGAAGAUGAUCGUUAGCAAUAUCUUGUUGAGAUACCAUCUUCGCUUCGUAGGAGGGUCGACGCAACGGCCUUCGAACUCUAGUAUGUACGAUGUUGUGAUUCCGGAUUUGAGUACGUGUGUGCAGUUUAAGGUCAGGGAGGAUGCGCGGGCUUUCUAG